GAGCAGAGAGGCCCGCGCGCUCUCGGCCCGCCGCGAUUGCCAGCAUCUGCCACCGUCCCCGCCGCUCCCGGGGCCCGAGGUCGGAGGCUGCUGGCUGUUUCAGCCCUUGGUGCCUUGCCAGUGGUGGCAGGAGUGCAGAAGCCACCCCACAAGGCAGAGGGGCUCAGCCCUGGCAGCCUGUGCCCCAUGUCCCUCCGCGAGCACGCGCUGUCCCUGUUCCGCGGCGCCCUGGGCACCGUCCGCCCCGCUCCCAUGCUGAGGAGGGCUCUGAAGCUCCAGGGAGAGGGGAGCCCUCAGCUGCUGGUCAAGGGCCAGGCCUUUCCACUGAAGAGGGACCACCUGUACCUGGUGGGUUUUGGAAAAGCUGUUCUGGGGAUGGCUGCAGCAGCAGAAGAGAUCCUGGGAGAGCACCUCACUCGGGGCAUUAUCAAUGUGCCGCUGGGGAUCCAGGAGAGCCUGCAGCGAGCAGGAAUGCAGGAGAUGCUGCUGAAGCCACACAGCAGAAUCCAGGUCAUCGAAGGUGCCAAGAACAACCUCCCAGAUGCAGAGGCUCUGAAGGGAGCAGUUGCCAUCCAGGAGCUGGCUGAGGGGCUGACUGCAGAUGACCUGCUCCUUGUGCUCAUCUCAGGGGGUGGAUCUGCCCUCCUGCCUGCUCCCAUCCCUCCCAUCCUCCUGGAGGAGAAGGAGAAGCUCACAAAGCUGUUGGCUUCCCGAGGAGCUGCCAUACAGGAGCUGAACAUUGUCCGGAAGACUCUGUCCGUGCUGAAGGGUGGAGGGCUGGCCCAGCUGGCACAUCCUGCUCAGGUGGUGAGUCUCAUCCUGUCUGAUGUGAUAGGUGACCCCCUGGACAUCAUAGCGAGUGGGCCCACUGCUCCCAGCUCCCACAGUGUCCAAGACUGCCUCCAGAUACUCACCAAAUACAACCUGCUGCACAGCCUGCCCAAGUCAGUGGAAAUGGUCCUCUCCAGCUCUCCCACCAAGCCCACCGCUCCAGAAAACUACUCCCACGUUUCCAACAUCAUCCUUGGCUCCAACAGGCUGGCUCUGGAGGAGGCCAGGCACCAGGCUGAGGGCCUGGGCUAUGCAGCCCUGGUGCUGAGUGCAGCAGUGCAGGGGGAAGUGGGCAGUGUUGCCACCCUGUACUGCCAGCUGAUCCAGCUGCUCUGCCUGGGCUUCAGCAGCCUCGCAGAAGGGCCCCUGGGGGACGAGCUGAGGGGCAAUCUCCUGCAGCUGGCAGCAGAGCUGCAGAUCCCAGGCUUGCACCUGGAGGAGUUUCUACAGGCCCUGAGAGGAUUGGGGCCUGACAGACCAAUCUGCAUCCUGGCUGGUGGAGAAACCACGGUCCAGCUCCAAGGAACAGGCAAGGGAGGGAGAAACCAGGAGCUGGCCCUGCGUGUGGGGCUGGGGCUGCACAAGGCCCAGGCCACAGGAGCCAGCAGCCCCCAAGGGAGGUGUGAGAUCCUCUUCCUCAGCGGGGGAACAGACGGGCAGGAUGGGCCAACGGAGGCAGCAGGAGCCUUCUGCAGCCCAGGGCUGGUGGCUGAGGCACUUCAGGAGGGCCUGGAUGUGGAGGCCUUUCUCAGGAACAAUGACUCCUACACGUUCUUCAGCCAGUUCCAAGGUGGGCAUCACCUCCUGGUGACAGGCUUGACAGGCACCAAUGUCAUGGACAUCCAGGCCAUUUUAAUUAGAGCCACGGAGAGAUCAUGAGAGCUCCCUCUGCAGACACCCAGAUGCACUUAGUUAGGAGCAGGAGUAAAUGAGAGCACCAAUGCUGUGGACAAAUGCAAACUACUUAAAUUAGGGCUCACUGUUGAGGCUGCCAGUGUCUUUGACAGAAAGAAUCCACUAUGUAGACACAUGAGUGAAUGUCCACAGCAAAAACAAGCACUUCUAAUUGGUGGGAUCAGAGGAAGGUAAGGGGUCACAUUACAGAGAAAGAAACUGGAUUUAAGGCAUGUGACUGCUCCAGCUAUAGUUAAUUUAAGAGAUGUAGGGAAGUUGAGGCCAUUUGCAGAGCUACCACGGAGAGCCCUUGCUGCACUGUUGCACUUAGAGUGCCCCCAGCUAAGAGCAGCUCAGCAGUGGGGUUUUAGGGGUCCACUGGAGCAAAUUACAGCAAGGCCUGCUCACAUGAAGCAUGGAGCUGCUGGGGGAUGUGCUGGGAAGGGGACACCCAGCACCUGCUCCACAAGCCAGCACAGUGCCCUGCAGCUCUUCCCACAGCAGGGUACUGAGAUGACAGAGACCCCAGGCCCAGCAGGAUGCACAGCCAGGAGUGUGGCUAAGAAGCACACUGGCAGAGAGAAGUUCUUGAUACUGGCUGGGUGGCACAAGCAGUGCACAGUGACAAAGAGGACAACAUACCUUCCCUGUACAGUGUAAGGAUGGGGAUGAAUGAAGCGCAGUGACAAGCCAGCUGUGUGGAGUCCUCCUCCAGCCUCUUUCCCUCCACAGCAACAUCUUCCCUGCUGGUCCCUGUUGGGAGAGCCUGUAUGCCAGCAGCAUGUAUGCUAUGAGCUUUCAUGGUGUUGUUUUCCAACUGUAGAAAACUGUCAUGCAUCCAGCCCGAGCCACUGACCUUUCCUCUGCACUGAGGCAGAAGUUGCUGUCAUUCUGAUUAACUCUGCUAAUUCCACAGAACAAAAGACAAGGAAACCUUCGUGCUCAGCUCUCCUGACCCAUACUGCUGAGCUGAUCAAAGGGCAGAUCUGCCAGAGCUGUGCUCUGACAGGGAGCUGCUCCCCCCACAUGCACGAGGACGCUGUGGUUAUCACGUUUUUGUCACCUACUGCAGUGUGGUAUGUGGGAGAGCAGAGAUGAGCUCGGUUUCCCAGGACAGGGAGCUCACAGUGGGGCAGGAUUUCAGGAGGGCUUUGCCUGCAGCAACAGGCACACUGACGGUUUGGCUGGGUAUUCAAAGGGCUUUAGCUCAGCAGCCAGUAUGACCCAGCACGUCCAACUCCUUUUGAAUAUCCGUCUGUUUGUUACAGAGCCUAAGUGGGAGCUGAGCUCCUUUGAAAAUCCAGCUCUAAUGUAAUAGGACACGCUUGACUCAGACUCUUUCCAGACAGACCGACCUACUCCGUGUGCCUGAUCUCAUCGCGUGACAUAAAUACACCCUUGUGCCAACAG